AUGUUCAUCCUCUCCGAGGUGUCGGACAUCGUCAAAAUCCCGCCCCACACAUUCCACAUCCCCAUAAACGAAGCCGUGACCAACGAGCUCCACAAAAAAUACGCAAACAAAGUAAUUGCAAAUUUGGGCUUGGUGGUUGCCGUAUGGGACUUGCUGGAAAUUCACGAUGGACAGCUCAAACCGGGCGACGGAGCUUCUUUUGUCAAGGUCCGGUUCCGGUGCGUGGUAUGGAAGCCUUUUGUGGGCGAAAUUUUGUCGGGAUGGGUGACACAAUGUACGGCCGAAGGCAUCAAAAUCGGGAUGCGAUUUUUUGAUGAAAUAUUUGUCCCUAAAAACUACUUUUUCGAAAACUGUGAGUUUAAACCAGUCGAAAAAGCUUGGGUGUGGAAGCCGGACGAUGAAACUGAGUUGUAUAUUGAUGUAAAUGAAAGGGUGCGAUUUCGAGUCGAAGAAGAGGUUUUCCUGAGCAUUAAACCUCGGCCUACAAAUCAGGAUAAUCAAGAGGAAGACAACAAGGUCCCACCGUAUGCAUUGAUUGCAUCGUGUCAGACCGACGGCAUGGGCUGUGUCUCGUGGUGGGAUUAA